AAUACUAGGUACGAUAAACGUAAAGUAAAUUAACAAAAGUUUUUAUGUUUUCUUGCAAUAUUAUUAACUAUUACAACCCGUAUGAAAUCUAUUUCUCACAUUGUAUUAGUGUUUCUAACAUCACUAUAAUUACUUGAUAGUAAAUAUAAAUUGUUGUGCCUGUUCUAAUAGUGAAAUUCUGUACAUUUCCGUACCUACCAAUAUCAACUCUACUCAAAUGUUUAAGCUAACUUAAAAUAUACGUACUCGAAAGUACAUCGUAACAGUGACUUCAGUUAAUAUUGGCUUUAAUUUCCGGCUUUUAAAGCGAGGUGGAGAGCAUGGAGACGGAAGACCUCCACGAGCGGAAGGUGCCGGCGCUCCCGGGGCUCGACGCCAAGCUGGAGGGAGACCUCAGCGGCGGGAGCAACGACAUCGGCGACAUGACCUUCUGCAUGGGAAACUACAUCGCCGACGCUAUGAAGAUGAUGUUUAUGAUGCGAUCUCAUCACAUGCUCACAGACGUGAUAUUAGAAGUGGGCAAUGAACUGUUCCACGUACACAAAGUAGUUUUAGCGGCCGCUAGUCCAUAUUUUAAGGCAAUGUUCACAGGCGGGCUCAAAGAGUGCGAGAUGUCCCGGGUCCGUCUCCAGGGCGUGUGCCCCUCGGCCAUGGGCUGGCUGGUGUACUUCAUGUACACGGGCAAGGUGCGCAUCACGGAGCUGACGGUGUGCCAGCUGCUGCCCGCCGCCACCAUGUUCCAGGUAUUUAGUGGUCCCCAGAUAUCGAACGUGAUCGAGGCGUGCUGCGCGUUUCUGGAGCGGCAGCUGGACCCCGCCAACGCGCUCGGCAUCGCCAACUUCGCGGAGCAGCACGGCUGCGCCGACCUCAAGAUGAAGGUCAACCAGUUCAUUGAGAGGCAUUUCACACAGGUGUGCCAAGAAGAAGAGUUCCUACAGUUAACGCCAGCAGAGUUAAUAUCUUUAAUACGAAAAGAUGAAUUAAAUGUAAGAGAAGAAACAGAAGUGUAUAAUGCAGUUUUAAAUUGGGUGAAAUACGACGAGGACAGACGGCACCCGCGCAUGGAGCACAUAUUACAGGCGGUCCGAUGUCAGUACCUGACGCCGAGCUUCCUGCGGGAACAGAUGACCACGUGCGCUGUGCUGAAGAAAGUACCCGCGUGUCGGGAGUACUUGGCUAGGAUAUUUAAGGACUUAACCCUCCACAAGAAGCCGGUGAUAAGUGAGCGUCGGCCGAACACGCCUCGCAUAAUCUACGUGGCGGGCGGCUACCUGAGACACAGCAUCGACGCGCUGGAAGCUUUCAGCCUGGACGACAAGUGCUGGAGCAAGCUGCCGCGGCUCACCGUGCCACGGUCUGGGCUCGGGGCCGCAUUCCUGAAGGGUCUAUUCUACGCGGUGGGCGGUCGCAACAACUCGCCCGGCUCGUCGUACGACAGCGACUGGGUGGACGUGUUCAACCCCGCCACGGAGCACUGGCGCCCCUGCAGCCCCAUGUCCACGCCACGGAAUAGGGUAGGCGUGGCGGUGAUGGACGGGCUGCUGUACGCGGUGGGCGGGUCCGCCGGCUCCGAGUACCACAAGUCCGUCGAAUGUUACGACCCGAAGCUCGACACGUGGACGCUAGUGGCGCCCAUGCAGACGGCCCGCCUCGGCGUGGGCGUGGCCGUGGUGAACCGGCUGCUCUACGCCGUGGGCGGGUUCGACGGCGCGCGGCGGCUCAACUCCGUCGAGUGCUACCAUCCGGAGAACAACUGCUGGUCCAGUGUGAAGCCGAUGACGACGGCAAGAAGUGGCGCUGGAGUGGCAGCCCUAUCGCAGUACAUCUACGUGGUGGGCGGGUACGACGGGUCGCAGCAGCUGGCGUCCGUGGAGAGAUACGACACGGAGCGCGACGAGUGGACCAGCUGCGCGCCCGUGAGGGUCGCCCGCUCCGCGCUGUCGCUCACCGUGUUGAAUCAUAAACUUUAUGCUAUGGGCGGCUACGACGGCACAUCAUUCCUGGACAUCGUGGAGGUGUACGACACAUGCGCGGACGCGUGGACGGAGGGCGUCCCACUGCUGUCGGGCCGCUCGGGCCACGCCACCGCCGUGUGCCACCACGCGCCGCCCGAGCCCGACCGACACUCCGUGACAUCGAGCUCACAAGGCGGCGCGUCCUCGUGGAGCAACGAUGACGUCCCGAUGGCGAACAACAUCAUCGGCACACUCUCGCACAACCGGUUAUAGCAAUAACUCAUGUCACAGGUUAUAGCAAUAACUCAUGUCACAGGUUACAGCAAUAACUCAUGUCAUAGGUUAUUGCAAGAACUCAUUUUAGAUGUUAUAGCACAUCGUCACAGGCUAUAUCAUUAAGUCGAGUCACAGGUUAUAGCAAUACAUCAUAUCACAGUCGCAAUAACCGAUUUCACAGGCAUUAACUCAUAUCACAGGUUAUAGCAAUACCUCAUGUGAGACGUUAUAGCAAUAACUCAUGUCACAGUCACUGUCCAUCUCUCUACGGUGUGUGUUGUCCUGGUCUGGGGUAUGUAUCAUGGUUAUCAGUGUUUUAACGCCAAGUAACAAGUUACUAAGGGCCUGUUUCACAAUAUCUGGUUAGUGGCUACCUGUGAGAUAAAAUACAUGCUAUCACUCUCUGUUAUUAUUUUUUUGAAAGACAUUUGUGAAACAGGGCCCAAAUAAUAUAUUUUGCUCGGUGCGAUGGGUUAACCUAGAGUCUAAUAAAAGUAAUAAAACUAACUUUGCAACCGAAACACGUACCACCACAAACAAGCAACAAAUAACUCUAUUAAAUUAAAAAAUAUAUUUGUUUUAGUAAAUAUUGAACUAGCAUACAAUAAGAUUUUACGAAUUUACUAUUUAGUAGACAUUCAACGUUAACAACAUUGAUCAAAUCAUAAAUGAAAUCUGAUAGUCAUUAUUACCGUUUUUGUAUAAACUUUGUAAAUAUGUAACUGAAAUAUUACUUUAUGUACGAGUAGGUACUUCUGAUAAGUUAUAUUGCAUAAUAAUUGAUAGCGUUAGUG